AUGCGUUGUUUCCAGGGCCCGAUCCUCCUCGUCCUCCUCCUCGCUUGGAUGCCAGCUUGCCCUGGCCGACCCUCCGGUGCCCAGCCGGACGACUCGGCAGACACCCGGGCCCAGGCCCUGAAGCAGCUCCUGGAGGUCUUUGGCAUGGAGGGGACGCCCCAGCUGCCCCAGCGCAUCCCAGAGCCCCCCCAGUACAUGGUGGACCUCUACAACACGGUGGCCGGCGACGACGGGGUCACCAAGGACCCUGACCUCUUGGAGGGCAACACGGUGCGCAGCUACUUAGACAGAACUCACAGCGACCAGAUGCAUUUCCUGUUCAUCUUGUCCAGCAUGGCAAAGAACGAACGCGUCCUGACGGCCGAGCUCCACCUCUUCAAACUGAAGGCCAGAGCGGCUGAUGGGCAACUCCUCAUGAGGCAACAUUUCUGCCAGGUGAGCGUUUAUCAAGUUCUGGACAAGGAGAACUUGGAUUCCCCUGACGGGAAGAAACUGCUCUCGGCCCGGCUCCUGGCUGUGCAGGGCUCUGGCUGGGAGAUUUUUGCCAUCACAGAAGCGGUGCGCGACUGGGCGGAAGAGGAGACCAGUAACCAGGGCCUGUUGGUGACCGUGCGAGGCCUCGGUGGGGCGGAGAUGGAUUCCAGCACGGUGCAGUUUGCUUCCGGCCGCGACCACCAUGAGAGCAAGAAGCCGAUGCUGGUUUUGUUCACCGACGACGGGCGGAGAGGUGCCACCUUGGCCACCAACUCCUUCUCAGGUACGUCCCAGCAGAACGCGAUCCUUCCGGAGCCACUCACCAGCCCGAAAUUCAACAGGACGCGCAACGCUCGCUCGGUGGACACUCCCCUUCCCUGCCAAAAACACCCGCUCUUUGUGGAUUUUGAGGAAAUCGGCUGGGCCGGCUGGAUUAUCUCCCCCCGGGGUUACAACGCCUACCACUGCAGGGGGUCCUGCCCCUUCCCCUUGGGGCAAAACAUGCGCCCCACCAACCACGGCACCGUCCAAUCCAUCAUCAACGCCCUCAAGCUGAGCCAGGUCGUGACCGGACCCUGCUGCGUCCCGGAUAAACUCUACUCCAUCAACCUCCUGUACUUUGACGACGACGAAAACGUGGUGCUCAAACAGUACUCCGACAUGGUGGCCGGGAGCUGCGGGUGCCACUGAGCGCCUGGGACAGAUGCGGCCCUCCUCGGCAG